AUCGGGGGGGCGGCCCCGCCGCUCAUUGGCGGAGGCGCAGCCGGUCAUCGUGGCGUCACGAGCCGCCCGGGCCCGCCGCUGCCGUCGGCCCGAGUCCCCAGUCGCGGAGCGGCGGCGGGCGGAGGGGAAUGGCGGCGGACGGAGCUUCGGGAGGAGGUGCUGGCUCCGCGAGAGAGGGCGCAGGCACGGUGCCGCAUCCCGCCCAGGAGCCCGUGCGGGGCUGAAGCCGGCCUUGGCUGGAGAGCCGCAGCGGAAGGCAUCGCUCAGCCUGACUGCCGCCGCCGCAGCCGCCGCGCUUCCCCCCGCCAUGGAAGCGGCCGGCCUGGAGUGGCUGCUGGUCCCCAUGCAGCAGCUGGUGUCGUGGGGCGCGGCGGGGGCCAUGGUGUUCGGCGGCGUGGUGCCCUACAUCCCGCAGUACAGAGACAUCCGCCGGACACAGAACGCAGAGGGCUUCUCCACCUACGUCUGCCUGGUGUUACUGGUCGCCAACAUUUUGCGAAUACUCUUUUGGUUUGGAAGGCGUUUUGAAUCCCCUCUUCUGUGGCAAAGCAUUAUCAUGAUCAUUACUAUGCUACUGAUGCUGAAACUGUGCACUGAAGUACGUGUGUCCAACGAACUAAAUAUAAAACGCCGCUCUUUUGCAGCUGCAGAUAGUAAGGAUGAAGAAAUCAAAGCACCUCCCAAGAGAUCCUAUCUGGAUUUUGACUUGAACUAUUUUUGGCAUUGGAGCAAGUUUACAGACUACGUGCAGUGUGUCCUGACCUUCACUGGCGUGACCGGUUACAUCACUUACCUCUGGCUUGACUCAUCUGUCUUUGUGGAAACGCUGGGCUUCCUUGCGGUGUUCACUGAGGCUAUGUUAGGCGUUCCCCAGCUCUAUCGUAACUACCAGAAUAGGUCUACAGAAGGAAUGAGGCUAAACGGACCAACUCUCUCAGCCUUUCCUCAUAAGAAAGAUGCUUCAGACCCCCGUCUCUCUGCGAUCUUUGUAGCUCUCCACUGGACUCUCUCCAGUAAUUCCUGGUCAGAGGGACAGAACCAGGUAAGGGCUGUGUCAUCUCUCUGUGAGCUGUUUCCCAGGUCUCCCUUCUACCCCAUGGCCAGUUUUCAGUCAGCUUGAAAGUAACCCCCUUUCUGCACAUCUUUGACUGACACGUUUGGCUGUCAUCGAGUGAAAGGCUCAGAACUUCACCACCCAGAGACAGCCAGCACAAUCAGUUCCUCUGCUUAUGUUUGUAUGAGGCUGUCUUGAGAAGUCUGGCCUGAAAAAGCUGAAUGAGGAAAAUUGAAAAUAUUAAUUUAGCCCCUCCUGUGACAGUACUGGGUUGGUCACUGUGAUCACUCUGUUUUAAAAACCUCAAGUAACUGAAGGAGAAACAGGCUGCACUUAUUGUCUCAGAAGCUGCUGGAGCCGAGAGUUGGAAAUGUUAAGAAUGCUUUUCCAUUCAGAAGUGUUUUAUGAGGUGCGCUGCAGCUGUGAGCUAGUUACGUGCAGGAGUUUAUCCCAAAUGUAUACAGUAAAGUCAGUGCAGUGUGAAGGGGUAUGAAAGGAAGAAAUUAUAUUACAUUUAUAUCCCGAUAUAUUAUUUCCUCUUUUCCCCUAUAGAUAAUAAUAAAAAUACUAGAAGAUAGUAUUUCUUAGGGAGACAAAAUUUCAUUGUGGGGUGCUUUUAUUUGGUACUGAUCUAUAGCUUUUUCCAUUAUGACACAGGCAACUCUUUAUAUCAUUUUUAAAGAGCAGCUUUUGACUUCUGAAGACAGUGCUUGUCCCAGAGACAAAUCCUGGCUUUAUUCAAACUCUGAAGAUAAAUGCAGGCUGCUGGAUUUUCUGCCUGUAUUGGAUAAUCCAGGUGGUGUGGUGAACAGGUGUAGAAGGCUUUAUUCAGGUCUGGUUAAUCAAUGUCCAGCCACCUCCACUAGUGAGAUUUUAGAUUUAAGGAGAUUGAGGAAGUGCUCUAAAAAUGCCACUGCUAUGUUUUCCUGGGAUUUUUUUAGCCUGAGAGAAUUUUUGAAUAGUGAAUAGGUACACAGCCCCAGUGAGUUAGUUCCUUCGGAGUUCUGCUGUUUAAAAGAAAACAGAACCUGAGCUAGAGAGAAGUAUUAUGGCAAUAGUUGUGGCUAUGCAUUAGCUUACAUUCAAAAGAGAUGUCAGAUGCAAUCAACAUCUGUUACAGCGACUUUGUUACGUAUCUCUGCUUCUUUGGGGAGGUUUAGUAAAGGAGAAAGAAAAGUGUAAAAGGACUUAAAAAGUGUUAAAAGGAAGGUAAGUUAAAAGAGGGUAAUGCAGGCAAAGGCAGUAUUGAUUUAUUUUUUUUUCCAUUCAGCUUCUGUUUCUCACUGACAGAAAAUUGCAUGGAUGAGAGCAAAAUCGAAGAAAUAGGAGUAGGGAUAAUGGAAGUCUACAUGAAAGAUUUUCUUUUCUGAGUAUGCUGUAUACAUAAAGCAGACACUGGCCAGUACAAUUGUGACGAGUUAGUGCAUUGUGUCUGGUCUGGGACUAACACCAAGGAAGGUGCUGAAGAGAGAUAAGUUUCUUUCAGGGUUUGGAAUUGUAGCCUUCAGAUGCUGAUAUAACAGUGUCUACUCUUGUUCUUAAAAUAGUAGCUGCUUUAUGUAUUAAACAGUCAAAAUAGAGAAGAUCGAAGAGGGGUAUGAGAAGUGGGGGCCAUUUAGUUUAAAAAAAAAUAAAAAAACAGAAUGGCUUUGUGGGUUCAAAUCAUCUGACCCAUGUUUUUCAUUACAGAAGGCAUUGUGUAGAUAAUCAUAAGGGACUAGGUUAUAAAAGAGAAAGUGGUUUUCAAGAGAAUAAUUAGGAACUGAAAGGUAAAUCUGUGACCUUGGCAAAUGGAGAAAUUAAGGUCUUAAGUGUGAGCCAGAAAUACAUUGGGUAAAUGCAGAAUUCCUUAAUUUCUUCUUAAAAGUGGUUUGUACUUCAUGUUGUAUAGGCCAUUCCUUAUUUUCACUGCCUUUCCUGUUUCACUAAGUUAAUCAAAACUGUCUGUCAGCAUGCUUGCACAUUUCCUGCUUUAAACUAUUCUCAUUAUUUACUGUAGUUCUGUGAUUGUAUUAAUUUGUCUUCCUAAAUGCUCUUUCUUUCUACUCAGAUCUUUAGUUUUCUCCAUGGGUCUGCAAAAAUAGUUGUUAUUGCUUCUGAGGCUCCAGCCAGUGGCAAAUUUGUUGGAGGAGUUUUACUUGUUUCAUUGUUUCUGCUUUGGUGAUAUUUCUUCUUUCAUUACUGUGGCACUGAUCAGCUGGUUACUGUUGUCCUUUAUGGUGGCCUUUAUAUAAAGUACUCGUGUUUGUGUAUUUUGGAAUUUGCAUACACAUCCAGGUUUGCAGGACUUUGGGGAGUAGUCAGUACCAGGUUUUGUGCCAGGUUUUGGUACAACCAUCAGGCUUGCCACUUAGAGCUUUUCUGUUCCCCCUUUUCAUUUGUGGUUCUGAUAGAUACCACAAACAUCAGAUUCACUUCCUGAAUCUGGCUCUUUUAAAGUUAAGAGGUUGAAGAAAGUUACUUGCAGCAUCCACUUUCCUUAAGCAUCAUCCAGAUUGUAGCACAGUGUGGACUGCUGAAGCUCUUGCACAUACUGAACCUUUCUCACAUCUCUUCCCCUGGCACCUCAUCCCGUAAGUUCAAAAAGUAAAUUCAAAGCAAGUAACUUCAAACCAGAAGCAUUCGUCUUUUAGAAAUAGUCCAAGGCUUCUUUACAGUAAUAGGAAGAAAACACUGCUGGUAUGUCUAAUCAGUGCUCUCUUCAGUUGGUGGAUUUCUCCGUGCCCUGAAAAUUUGCAAUAAAGGAGAAAAUGUAUUGUACUUGUGUUACAAAAACAUUUUAAGUUUGGGUGCUCUGUUUUCUUUUGGCAAGGAAGUGUCAUGCAAGGUAUUUUGCAUAGUUAAGGUCAGGGCUUUCCAAGUCACAAAAGGUCAAAGUUGAGCUUAUAAUGAAGGCACCUGAGAGAUGGAAGUUUUCUAAAGAUGUGUUUUUCCUCUGUUGCCAACAAAUUUGGGAACAGAAGUGCCUCAGUUCUUGAAAUUCCUGCAUCUGCAUUGUUUUGCCAGAGUUCACUGCAGCCAGUUGUGUAAGAAGGAUAAGUUAUCUAGUUAUGUCGUUGCAGAAUUGUCUUCCUCAGUGCAGUAGGACUGAGUGGGAUCAGAAAUAUGGAAUGGAAGUACAUUGAGAGUUGGGUUUGGAGAAAUACAGGUUGAGAUGCAAGGAUGGAAAUAUCCAUAAUGGUAAUACUGACUGUGAUGAAGAUCUGUAAAGUGAGCAGAGUGGUGAGUAAUUAAAGUGGUUAAUAGAUGAACUAGAACAGCAGGAAGAAGAGGCUGGUGGAACUUAAGCUGGGAAGUGACUUUGCAAGGUGGUCCAGAAAAACGAGAGAUUUUCUUUUACGAGUUGACCUGCAAUAUGGUGCAUUUGGUCCCCUGUUCCUCAGACACAGAGGUCAAGAAAACAGAAGAAGAGUGAGAAGCGUAGUGACUGACAUGUUGGAUGAUCUGCCCAAAAAGUGAGAUGGGAAAGGAAGUUCUUGUAUUAUUCUUGAGUGGAAUAUAGAAAGAAAAAAAAUGUAGUGUCAGAAAAAGCUGUUUCAACAAGGCUCAAAGUUAGGGUUUUAAUUUGUUCCGGGGAAGAUGGCUGGGAAUGAUAUAUGUCCACAUAAGGGAAUAGAAUUAUAUGCCAAGCAAGUUGUCCCGGCAUUGUCAGGUAAGCUUUCAGGGCAGUGGUGAAAGCCCUGUCCCGCAGAUACUUCAUCUUGUAUUAGAGAAUUUCCUAAAACAGGAUUCCUAGUGUGCAAAGGGGCAGAUGGGAAGAGUUUGGGAAGGAAGACAGGCUAGAGAAUGUCUGUCCUUUUUGAACUGCAAAGACCCUACUUUGCAUCAUGCUCCUGUGUGUGGGACAUGAUUCUUGAUGCUUUUAUUUCUUGUCCACAGCAGGGCUUAAAAGUGCCGAUCUGCAGCCACUGUGGUAAUGCUGUGUGUGGGAAGGGGCUCAGGGGCAUUGGGGGCAUUGGUUUGUGGUGGUGGCACCUUCUGAUAAAGUACAGCCUUCUGCUGGGCAUUGCUUUGAGAAACAGCACAGCUGUUUGUAUGGUGCGUUACUGUAUGUACAGUGCAUUUCUCUAUGUAUGGUGCAUUACUGUCACCAUGGACUUCACUUCUGUACCUCCGUGCAUGUGAAAGGAAAGGGGAAAGCCUGGCAUUUCAUACGAAGACUUAGGUGCUGACUUAACUUUCAUAUAGAGCUUGCCAGGGGUUAUUUCCUUAUAACAGCAAAGCUUUUUUGAGAAGAAUGUGAGCUUCGUUUCUGGCAAAACCUUGCCGUGUUUCCAGUCAAUAAGCUGACUGGAGAGUAGGGCUUUGUCCUUGAGUGAUUGCUCUUAUUUAACACACAUUUCUCCAGUGUUUUCUUAGAAUGUGAGAAGCAUUUUACUAGCCGAAGGAUGUGACUAAUUCACGAAAAGUAAUGACUGCAAUAUCAUUAGAUUUCUGUCGUGGGGAGGGGAGGCGGGGGGAAUGCUGGCGGGGGGGAAUGCUGGCUUUGGAGACAACUGCUGAAUGCUAGUCCCUUGGAACGAGGUAAGCACUGGAGAUAGCACUGUUAUCUUGUGAAUGUUAUCUUGUGUAUGUUGACCGUAAGUGAUAAUUGCAGUUGUUGAACUGGAAUACUAAAAGCAUGCCCAGGCUAUGUACUUGUUGCCUUAUGAAGAUGAAGGGGAAAACGUGCUCAAAUUACCUAAAUUGGAUGAAGAGUCUGAUGAUUUCUUUGUUGGUCUAAGGCAGGAAGAAAGCAUUAUGAUUUAGGCCUUGGGAUAUGGCAGCUGUGCUGAAGCAAAGCUCUCUUCCCUCCCGUCUUUUUAUUACCUUUCAAAUUGAAUGUGUCCCAAGUUAUUUAGAACUAGAGAAGGAAAUACACUGAAUAGCGUUACACAGGGACAUUAUUUUGCUAUCUCUUAGCACUGGCCCUGCAGGGUGUAGCAUCAGUGUCCCUCCCAGCGGCAGACAGGCUGCAGCAGCUGAGGUUUGGGGGGCCGAUUGGCCCUGUGGGGAGUCUAGAGCAGUAUUAGCCAGCAGCUGUGCCUGCAGCUCCAUUGACUGUAACACCUUGAGCAGGAGGUGAGAGACAGGGAAAGGGGGACAGAUGCUCAAAACCAACUUAAUGAGUGAGAUGCUGAAGGGUGGUGUAGUUUAGGUGUGCUCUGCACCAUUUACAUUAAGCUGAUAGUACUGUGCGUGUUGGCAGCUGACUGUAUUAUUGCAGUGAGCAGUGCAGGGCAUGAUUUCCUACCCCAGCACCUGAGGAAAGCUGCUCCCUGUCAUGGCAGCAGGUUUCGAAGCUUCCAAAUCCACCAGAAGCAGAACCCAUAUCAUAGUAUUCGUACCACCUGAGUGAGCAGACCUGAGCUUUGCAGCCUGGCCAGCAUCCAUUUGUGUCUCCUGGCAGGAAGGGCACUGGUGUGAAUCGUGGUUCAGGUCUUUCUGCUGAUCCACAGACUGCUGCUGCACAGACUUAGGGUGUUUAAGGAUGUUAAGACCUGCUGCCCUUCUUUUUGCUGUGGAAGUUGUAUAGUACUAGAAAUAUUUUGCAGCUGUUAAGGGUUGCCAGUUUCUGGACCCUUACAGACUAAAUGUUAGGUGUAGCUGCUUCAAAUAGCCAGAGGUCGUAUCGGUGAUCCUGGAUUAUCCACCAGCUACGUGUUGUGUGUCUUGUAGUUUCCCCUUGAUUCUCCUCUGACAGCAUGUUCUAACAAAUACUGGCUUUUGGGUGGGCCUGCUAAGCAGAAUCAAAAUGCCUGACACCCUGCCACUCUUGGAAGUUUAGAAAACAGAUGUUCAUGAAGAAAAAUAAUUGACAAAUACCCGUUUACCCUAUUUUUCCAUAAAACUUUUGUUUAUUUGUGAGUCUGCAUAAAAUGCAUAUAUUAACAAAGAGGCCACCAACAAAAAAUCACUUUAGACUGCAUCUUUGUGGGUUUGUUUGCCUGGUGGUGUUCCAAAGUGGAGUCCUCCACUUCAUCUUUCCUCAGUGACUUGUACAGUCCUUGAAAAUCUCCAGAGCUUUCAGAUAGUUUGCUCUUGUAUUACAGCCCUCUGUGGUAUCCAUGGAUGUGGCUUUAACUCAGCUUGCUUUAGCUUGGUUCCAGGGAUCCAAAACAGAUACUGAACCUCUCUUGCUACAUGCUUGUCUUAACUUCUGCUAGCAUUGCAGGGCUGGACAAAUACUGUUAUUAGUAGUAUUGAUAAUAACAAAUAUUAAUAAUAAUUAAUAUUAAUAGCUCCCUCUGGAGAUGGUCAGUGCUGCCUCAGAAGAAUUGUUGAGAAGUGAGGCAAGGCGGUCUCGAUGAGGCAGAGCACGUAGGACUGGUGAAGAAUUUCAGGCUUGGAUUCCAAGCUUUUCAGACUUUAGACACUUUAUAUAUCUGAUCCCAAUGUUUUCUGUUGUUGUGUUGUGGUUUGUUUUUUUUUUUCUUUCUCCCCGUUUAAUAAUUUUGGGCAGGCUAAACAAUUUGGUUAACAUCAGAACUUUUUUGUUAAGCUAUAUGGCUUUAUGUUAGGAACAAAUGCUCUACUUAAUAAUUUUUGUUUGUUUCAUACAGUGUUAAAAAUACCAUGGCAUUCGGGUUUCAUGUUUUCUGGUCUAUGUUUCACUGUUGAAGGCAGGCCAGCCUCUGAUGGAAGUGCAGUGUUACGGAUGCUUGCUGUCUUCUCUGAGUAGACUGUUUUGGAGCUGCAAAUCGGAGCUGAAAGUUUUCCAAAGUCAGGAUGUUAUAAAUGAAUCUGCUUUCUCUUCCAGACGUUCCCAUGCAAAUGGCUUGUGUGAGGUAACAGCUUAAAAGGUUGCAGGAGAGAUACCUUCUGUACCAUCUUCCAGAAAACAAUUGCAGUGUUCAAAAUACUUACUGACAGGCUGUUUUGAUGUGGACCUUAUUUCUAGAAAAAAUACUAGCUUGUCAGCUCUUCAAUGAUUUUAUUCUGGUUUUAUAUCCCCAGUCAUGUAAAGAACUCUUACCAUUUUUUAAUACAUAUGAAAGUCAAGUGCUAACACUUGAAUAAAUCCCUGAAACUGUGGCAAUCUAGAAAGUCACAUUUUUUAAUCUGGCAUCACCUGUGUCUCAGUCUAGCACUUGGCCAUGAUUUGGGGAAGUUGCAGUCAGCUUCUACUGAUCCUUGAAUAAAAGAGUCCAGGCUACUUCUCCUCUUUUUAGUUUCCGUUGGGAAGAAAAACAAAACAAAACAAACAACCACAACCCGCAAAUUUCAAAGCAGAUAAAGUUCAAUAAAUUAUACUAAUUUUUCUGUUAUUGAAAAUAACUUAGAAUUUUUGAAUUCGUUGACUACCUGAGCACAAUUAGCACUAUAUUUGUGACUGCAGCAGGCUGUAAUUAC